AAAGGCUUUUGGAGUGAAAUCGCGAAUAACUUCUAUUGGAAGCGAUGGACACAAGAAGUAGAGGUCGUGUCCUAUAAUUUCGAUGUCACUAAAGGACCCGUUUGUGUGAAAUGGUUGGACGGAUGCAAAACCAAUGUCUGCUAUAAUGUAUUGGAUUUGGUUAUUGAAAAAGGGCUCGGAAAUCGUGUCGCCUAUUAUUGUUACUUACGAUGAAUUACUGCGCGAUGUCUGCAGAUUUGCAAAUGUGCUCAAAGGGUUGGGCAUUAAAAGGGGUGAUAGAGUGGCCAUAUAUAUGUCGGUAACCGUAGAGUUGGUCACUGUUAUGCUGGCCUGCGCUCGCAUUGGAGCCAUUCACUCAGUCAUU